CAAUAAUUCCUAUUUUGAAAGCUUAAAAAUGUGAAGAAAUUAUUUGGAUUAAAUGCCAAGUCAAAAAUAAAUUCUAGUUUAGUGGAGAGAAUUAAGGUAAGGUUAAGGGUCAUAAGGAAACAUUCCUUUUAUAUAUCCCCAAAAAUAACAACCAACUAACUAAAUUCCCAUCAAAUUGAACCUAUAAAUUCUCCAUAAUCUCUACAACUCUAAUCUAAUCUAAUCUACAAAGGAAAAUAAAAAGUAGAAAAACAAAAGAUACAAGAGUAAAACAAUGGCAAAAUCUACCAUCAUACUUGUUUCAGCUCUUUGCUUUAUAUCACUCUUCCAUUUAGCAUCCUGCAAGGAUCAAUUCUUCGUGGAAGGCAAAGUGUAUUGUGACACUUGUCGUGUCCAAUUCUUCACUAAAGUCAGUAAAUUCCUUGAAGGUGCAACUGUGAAAUUGGAAUGCAAAGAAAUCGAAGGUGGGAGUGUGACAUUGGACAAAGAAGCAGUGACAGACAAAUCAGGAAAAUACAGUAUUGAAGCGGACGGAGAUCAUGAAGAAGAGGUUUGUGAGGUUUCUUUGAUGAAGAGUGUGGAUCCAGACUGCGAUGAGAUCUCUAAGGAAGGGUAUGGACAUACUUCUAGAGUCACCAUCACAAACAACAGUGGAAUCACCAAUCCCGUACGCCUUGCCAAUCCUCUCGCCUUUCUGAAGAAGGAGAAGCUUUCAGAAUGCAAGGAAGUUCUGAGAGAGCUCGGAUUUGAUGAAGAGGGCCUCCCCGUUUAAACUACCCCUCUCUUUUACUUAGCUUUUCUUUU